GCGACGGGCUCGAGCCUCUUCAGGUUUGAAAGAAACACAUCAGCUUUGGCUCGAUGUCCUCAAAGUCUGUGAGCGCAUGUCCUGCUGUCGUUAACGAUUUAAGCUUCAAGCUCAUUUAAACUGUCGAUUUACCUCAGAGUUGGAAUAUAACUGUUUUGCGCCGCUGUUUAUAGUUUUCCUCAAGUUUUAUUUUUUUUUUAACUUUUAACUUAUUGCUCGUGAGGCUAUCGACGAGACCAUGGCCACACCGACGGCGCUGAUGCCCUCGCCUUCUCUGACACAUCCGUCGCAAAUGUCAAACUCAUCCGGCAUUAGUAACUCUUCUUCAGCACCGGCGUCUUCCUCUCCUCCUCCCCCGGCUAUUCCUGCCGCUCCACCAGCAGUCGUGGCGUCGGGACAGAGCCUUUUCCGCUCGGAACUUAUACCCACCACCGGCAGCCCGGGACUCCCAGGACUUGGCACUCCACCGAGUAACAAGCCGGUGUACUCCACACCAUCCCCGGUGGAGAACACGCCGCAGAACAACGAGUGCAGGAUGGUGGACGUGAUGGGCGCGCGGCUCGCCUCCUUCACGGUCGGCGGGAAGGAGCUCAUCUGUCUGCCUCAAGCGUUUGAUCUGUUCCUGAAACACUUGGUCGGCGGACUUCACACCGUCUACACCAAGCUGAAGCGCCUGGACAUCACGCCGGUGGUCUGCAACGUGGAGCAGGUCCGAAUUCUCCGCGGGCUCGGCGCCAUCCAGCCGGGAGUCAACCGGUGCAAACUUAUCUCGAGAAAGGACUUCGAGGUGCUGUACAAUGACUGCACUAACGCGAGCUCCAGACCCGGGCGUCCCCCCAAGCGCACCCAGAGUGUCACCGCCCCCGACAGCCCCCACGUGCUGCCCCCCUCCCUCUCCGGACUCAUGUCCUCCGGGAUCAUGCCACACACAGGUCUGACAGCUGCCACCCUGGCGGAGGCCAUGAAGGUCAAGAAGUUGAAGCUGGAGGCCAUGGGCGGUUUCCCCGGUAGCGGUAACCAUGGCGCCGACUCUGACAACGGGGACAUCAACUCGGGCAUAGGUUUGGAUCUGCCCUUCAUGAUGAUGUCACACCCCCUCAUCCCCGUCAGCCUGCCCCCCGCCUCCGUCACCAUGGCGAUGAGCCAGAUGAACCACCUCAGCACCAUCGCCAACAUGGCCGCCGCCGCACAGGUGCACCAGACCGCCCACUCCAGGAUGACCACCUCCGUUAUCAAGGAGCGCCUCCCAGACAGCCCCUCCCCCUCCCCCUCCCUGGAGGACGGUCGCCGUUCGGGCAGCCAGGUGUCCUCUCGCCACAGCAGCAGCGUCUCCAGCUCACCUGCGCUCACCGAACACUCACACGACCAGCACCAUGUGCAUCAGAAUGGCUUGUCUCUUGGCCACGCCCUCUUGGGUCUGUCCCCCAGUGCCCCCCCGGGGCCUAAGGAGGGCGACCUCGCCACCCCCGACACCCGCCAGCACACAGAGGUCAAGAGGUCACCCACACGGAAAGAUGAGAGUCUGCUGUGUGCUCCGGGUGUGAGGGAGGGUUAUGAGCGUGUGUCUGCCUCAGGUCAGAGCCUCCCGCUGGGCUUCCCCGCCCCCCUCCUCUUCCCCGAGGGACUCUCCUCCAUCGAGACCCUACUCACCAACAUACAGGGCCUCCUGAAGGUGGCCAUUGAUAAUGCGCGUGCCCAGGAGAAACAGGUCCAGCUGGAGAAGACGGAGCUGAAGAUGGAGCUGUUUAGAGAGAGGGAACUACGGGAGACGCUGGAGAGACAACUCUGCCAUGAGCAGAAGAACAGAGCGUUGAUCCAGAAGCGUCUGAAGAAGGAGAAGAAGAGCAAGAGGAGACUGCAGGAGGCCCUGGAGUUCGAAUCCAAGAGGAGAGACCAGGUGGAGCAGAGCCUACAGCACACCUCCGCACAGGCCAGCCCCGCAACACCUCACGGUAAUAUACUGUAUAUUAUACAGGCCAGCCCCGCGACACCACAUGAUCCCUCCCCUCAGGACAUCGAGAGUGACCACAGUGAUGGCAGAGCCGACACUGACAGAGCAAUACAAGUAGAGAUGACAACAGCAGCAGCAGCAGCAGCAGCAACAGAGUCCGACAACCAGCAUGUGUGA